CAACUGAACUAAGUGCACACAAAGGAUUUUAAGAAAUAGGCAUGAAAAACUGAGUUGCAGAUGAAGAUCAGGCACAUUGCACUGUUAUUUGUAGUGCUAGGGAGCAGUAUCAUUUAGCAGAAAGCUAUUUGUGGGCAUUUGUUUCUUUUAACUACUUACAUUUUACUUAUGGGGGUGAACAAAUCUGUCUGAGAAAACAAGGAUGUCAGGAAAUGAUCCAUGUCCCAUUUUUGUCUGGGGACUUUUAGCCUUCUUGGGUUUGGCUCUGAUCAUGUCCUUAAUCUUCAAUGUUUCUUACUGGAUGGAAAAGCAGCGACAAGAUAAAACCUGUGAUUACAGUGAUGACUACAUUCCGAGAGGUGAUGAGUAUUACAUUGAAGAUGCACCAAUUUAUGGUAACGUUGAUAAUAUGCUUUCUGGACCUACGGUUGAAAGCUUCUAUGAACAAAUGAAAGCCCGGCCUGAGAGAGCUAUAAAUGAAAAGCAGGAAUGCUCCCCUAUGCAGGCAAAGGCUGACACACAGAUAUGCUAUGCCUCACUGGAUAACAGCUUCAAGGGGAAACGCAGAAAGCCGAAAUCUCACUUUUCACCCAAGGAUGAAAAUGAGAAAUUACAUGCAGUGGAUACCAGACUACCUCAAAACAAUUCAGUUCCCAGUUUCAGAGAAGAAAGAGAUGUGUCGGAGGAGAACAUUCAUGAUGAUCCCAUUAGACUAUUUGGUUUGAUUCAUGCAAAGAAAGAGCAGAUAAGUAUGCAAGACUAUGAUCCUGCUUAGUGAAUGGAUGAUUUUUGCAACAACAACAACAAACAACAACAACAAAACCCACAUCAUGUCAUGAUUUAACUUUAAAGCAAGAGAACAACUUUGGAGAGUUGCAUGUUGAUCAGCUGUUUACUAGAAGUUUAACUUACCUCUGCUUCAGAUACCAAUUUGCCACUCUGGCUGAUAUUAGUUAAAAAAAAAAAUCUGUAUUAACACAUGGCAUAGAUAACGCUUGCAGCAAUGAAAUAAUGAACAUGCACAUUAAACGUGAUCAUUGAAUUGAACCUGUGACCCAAACAUUCUGUCCUAACCAAACUACUAAUGAUUAAUUUUCAUCUGGGGAAAAAACCCAAAUCAACUCUUUUCAAACUGGUGGGCUCAUAAGCAGAUUUAAAGAAAGGUUGGAGGAAACCAAUCACGCCUUCUCCAUUUCUAUCAGGGCGAUUCACCCACCUUCACCCAGCAUUUGGGCUUUUUGUCUUUUAAUAGAAUUACAGAAUCACACCAUUUUAGAGUUGAAAGGACUUCAGUGGCCAUCUAGUUCAGUCCUUCUAUGAAAGGAAUGCUCACUGUAAUAUACCUGAUGAGUGCUCAUUCAGCUUCUGCUUAAAGAUGAACAGGGACCACCAUGUCUCAAGGCAGUCUAUUCCACUUGUGGACAGCUCUCAUUGUUAGGAAGUUUUCCCAAACAUCUAGCCUAAAUUUGACUCUGCAAUUUCCAUUUAUUGCUCCUGGUUCUGUCCCCUCUCUGGGACCAAAUAGAAUAUGUCCAAUCCCUCUUCUAUACAAGAAUCCUUGAAAUACCUAAACACAGAGAUCAUAUCUCCCUUCUCUCCUUCCUCUCAGUUUUUUUCUUCUCUAGGACAUAUAUCCUCCCUUCUUUUGAUCGAUCUUGACAUGACAUAGGUAUAAAGACCUUCGCCAUUGUGGGUGCCUUCCUCUAGGUGCUAUCUAGCUUAUAAAUCGAUAUCUUUCUUAAACUGUGGCAGACAUAACUAAAUAAAAUACUCUGAUCAAGUUAGAGUACAGAAUGGGAAGUCGCCUUCUCUUCUUGUAGUUUUAUGAAUCAGGAUUUCAAAGAGCAGCAUGGCAAAAUAGAAAUAGAACCAGAUACAGGACACCCAAAUUCUGGUUCCACCAUAUAGCUGUGUAGGUAUAGGACCAAAAGGGACCUGAGUAUUUGCCUCAGCCCCCUCAUCUGGAAAAAGAGAAAGAAACAGCAAAUCACUCUAGUAUUUUUGCCAAGAAGACCUCAAAUGGAUGACAAAGAAUUGGACAUGACUAAACAACAAACAAAUAACUUUGAAGGAAUGGUUUGGAUGUAGAGGCUACUCAGGUCCCUUUUGGUCCUAUACUGAUGAUUUAAGAACAUGCUGUCCUUAGGGUUCAUCUCAUUUUUUUGUGAAUAAAAAUUAUAAUUAUAGUUUUAUUCCUUCAUCAUUUCAGGGAAACCAAACCACAUGAGGAAAAAUUGAAGGAUCUAGGCUUUAAUUAAGACUAGAAAAAACUAAGGUGAAAUACAGCUGUCAAAUGGAAAAGGGAGUUGACUUCUGUUGGAUUGCUCCAGAGGGUGGGUGGAAGAUGCAAAGAGACAGAUUUCAGUUCAACAUAAAUAAGAAUUUUCUAACAUUGGAAACCAUCCAACAAUGAAACAGACUUCGUUCUUCUAAUAGAGCCUCCAUGGCCAUCUCUUAGAAAUACUAUAGGAUGGUUUCCAUCACCAGAUAAUAGGUUUAAACUAGAUGAGCUUUAGAGAACCUUCCAACUUUAAGAUUCCAUGAUUUUAUGAAGAGAGGAAGAAGAGAUAUUUCAUACCUGGAAAGAAUUCCAUCCCUCUCUUUCAGUUUCUCAGUUCUUAUCUAGCGUUAGCUUUUUUUGUUCUAUAACUUACCAUAUCCAAUGGCUUAAAUCUUUGAGAAAGAAUUAUAUUACAUUUUUGUCAAGCUAGUCUUUUUAGGUAAAAUGAGUCCACGGGGUGACCGUUCACACUGACGUGCCUCAUACCUCUGAGAAAGGUCACGUGGCCACGUACUCACUUCUGGGCUGGCUCACUCAUCCCAACCUGCUUUCACACUGGCAUGUCUAGUUUCCCAGAAACGUCACGCUUCUAUGAUUACAUUCAAAUUCUCUCUGUGUCCAGGAGGUAACCCCUUUGGGUGGAUGGGUAGGAGACAGUGAGAAACACUCUCCCUAAUAACUACUUUAAGGUCUAAAAGUUCCAUCAUUGUGUGUGGCUAUAUGUGUAAAUGAAAGUGCAUCUACAAGGGCUGAAUAGCUAAAGUAGUAGGUAGGGGGAGUAUAUUCCCCACCCUCACCCCCUCCCAAAAGUAUUAUCUCUAGGAUCCCAAGAGAGUUUUUACUUAGUAAUAAAACAAAAAUCAUAAGAGGCAUUCAUAUAUUAAAAAUAAGUGCAGGAAUAAUAACACAUCAUCACAUCAUAAUAAACACAUCACACUCAUAUAUUAAAGUAAAUGCAGGAAUAAUACAUACAUCUUCUUAAACUGUGGCAGACAAAAUUGAACAAAAUAACCCAGAUGUAGUCUGACUAUGGAGUGGAAAAGUGUCUUCUUUUCUUGGGCUUUUAUGAAUCAGUGUUUUGGAGAACAGUAUGACAUGAAAGAAACAGCACCAGACUCAGGAGUUCUAAGUGAAUCCUACUCUCCCACUAAUCCACUCAAUAUCUGUGGGGAAGACUGGUCUCACACACACAAAAAUCUGGCAAGAGAAUACAAGUGAGAAAAAGCCAUGUGCUCACAGUAUUGAAUAACUCUAGACGGAAGGCUCUGAUGUAAUUAGUCUAGCCAGGAACAUGAAUAUGACACAAAACCUCUUCUUUGCUACCCGCUCUCCUUCUGAUCCCCAUUGCUUUCCAGUUGGGCAGAUUCUCUUCUCUCCCAUUCUUGAAUUGACAAAGCAUUUAAAAGCCCUUUCUAGUUACAAUCACUUAAAAGGGGAUUAGAAAAGAGUUAUAGUAUUGAUUUGACUAACAAUUUCCUUUAAAUCUAAGAAUGGCAAAGUCCAUCUUACUGCUUUUUUCAAGACAAGGGAGACAAACCUAGUCAAGUACUCACUCUCCAAGAUGUUGAAAGAUUCUAUUAGUUUGCGGCAAACAGAGCUCACAGUUCAUUGCCCUCAGGUUGACUCUCAGAGCAAGGCAAAUAAAUCCAGCCAGUCUUUCACUCAUCAGAAUUCUGCAUUGUCCAAUUAGAUCUCCACAUCUCUUCCUACAUAGCAAAGCAGCUGCCUCGCCUAUCUUUACCCUUUCUGCUUACCCAAGAACAAGAAGCUAUGCUGAGAAAUUUCAGAAAAGUCAUAGCUGUAAGUGAAGCUCUUCCUUUGAGCUCUGGUUUUAUCCAGUCAGUCAGGAGAUAGCCACUGAAGCCUUCUUGUCAGCUAAUUAACUGCUCCUGCUUACUUCACACUGCAGAGAUAGAGCAGCUUUUCUAGGUUGAUGAAUUUUCCCUCUCUUGAAUAUUUUUUUACCACUCCUAUCAGCCUUCUUCAACUUCAUGUGACUCUUCAUGUCACAGCCAUCAGAACUCCCUGAUGCUUGGUGACUCAUCUUUCAUUUUCUGUAGUAAAAAAAAAAAUCUCCACAUUUCUUCAAUGAGAUGAACAUUUAUUGUUUAACAAUCACUUAGUCUACAGUUAUAUGGUUUUUCAUUUUGUAAGUUUUAUCCUCCUAACUCUUAAAAGAGUUAUAUUUGAGUGACCUGCAGCUCCAAUCAUUUUUUCAGAAGUGAUUCUUUCACAGUCUCUCUUUGAAAAUUGUUAACAUUUUCUCUAUUUUUGAUAAGAAAAGUUCUUUCUCUGCCCCUUUAACCUGUCAAACUGUUCACAUACAAAAAAAGGUCAUCAACCUACAGGUGAUUUAAGAAUUUAUAUUUAUGCUGCAUUUUUUUUUGCUGAAAACUGAUUAUAUUCUAUCUGAAGAUCAUUUCAUUACAUAUAGAUUUUUAACAGUUUUUAUUAAACCAAAGUUCUUUUCCUACUAGUUUCAGGCAUCAAACUGUUCACCUGUCAAGAAGACCUGAUAUCUUUUACCAGUUGAUUUAAUUAUUUUUAUUUAAACAAGAGUAAUUUUUUUGCCUCUUUCAACACUAAACUGCUCCACAUGAAAGGGAAGUUCAAUACAUAGGAGGAGGAAAUCAAUAGAAACCUUCUUCUAAGGAAUAAGUACCAUAACAUAUCUAGGACCCCUAGAUCCAUGGCAGUAGAAAACAAAAGGAAGUGGACCAGAAUCCAUAUAGGAACCAUUUUGCUAGAGGUCUAAUGACAUCAUUCCCUAUACUCAAUAAAAUCCAAUAACUUCCAAGCAACUCCAGGGUCAGAUAUGAAAUCAUUUGUUUAGCAUUCAUAGCCCUUCAUAACCUAGCUCUGAUCCCUCUCCCUCCCCUUUCUAGUCUUCUUAUACCAUAUAUUGAAUCCUCUCCACCACCUAUACUUUGAUCCGGUGACAAUGGCCUCCUUACUAUUCCUCACACAACAUAUUCCAUGUCUCAGCUCUAGACAUUUUCCCAGGCUGUCCCCCAAGCCUGGAAUUCCCUUCCUCCUGGCUUCUCUCUGGCUUCCUUCAAGUCACAACUAAAAUCUCACCUUUUACAGGAAGCCUUUCUUGAUCCCUCUUAAUCUUAGUAUGGUUUUGGGAAUUUUUGAUUUCCUUUGAUCCCUCUUGCAUCUUUGAGUGAACAUUAACCUCAUCAAACCAAAAUGUGUCCCAUGGGACAUGAAAAGUUACUUAAGAGUGUUAAACAUUCCUUAGAGAAGAAGCCAGAGGAAGGAUCUCCACCGCCUCUGACUCCUUGGCAACAUAUCAAUCCUCAUCCUCAAUUAGUCUAUUUGUGAAUCUGUAAAUGUAGUUUGAUCUGUAACCUGGCUUAGUUUACCUAUAGAGUUUGGUGAAUGAGGUUUGUCUCCUUAGGGGGUAUGUGAGAUUAUGAUUUUGUUUUAACUAUUUGUUCAACUUUUAUAACAUUGAAAGAAAUAUGGGAUUAUGGCGCUAUCUUCUCUUUAACUUUCAUGACUUAAGAGGAAUGAACAAAAUUUCAAAGUGUGAAAGAAUGAUUUCUCUGUCAGCCUGAUGUAAUUUUGCCUAUUUCAGCUUUUCUCUGAGGCCUGAACCCUGUGCUUGAGCAUAAUUAUAAAACUUAAAUUUUUACCUCCAUCAUUUCUGCAUUGAGGUAAAUAGCUAUUUGGUGACAGUUACCCACCACAUGUACUCAGGGAGGAGAUAUUUCUCCUCUAACAUUAUCUUCCCUCUGUUAAUUCUCUCCUAUUUAUCCUGUGUAUAGCUUGUUUGUAUAUAGUGGUUUCUUAUUUCCCCAUU